UUUUUAAUUUAUCUUCUUCUUUUCUUAUUAAAAAGAACAAUAUAAAUAUUAAUUUAUGACAUCUCUUGAACGAUCAACAAGUAAAUCCAUCAAGGAUCGCUCAAAGGAUGAUCAUAAAUUAGUACCGAAAAGAACACGAUCGACAGUAAAGCCGGCUGUACAAUCAUUUACAAGUUCUGGUAAACACGCAAGUCUUGUCAUUAGCGAUGAUGAAUUCCAGCCAAUAUUUAUACCCAAACGAUUACUUGCUCGAAAGAAGAUCAAACCCAAUCAAGAAUCAUCCUCUACACAAAAUCCCACUCAAUCAUUGUCAGCAUUACCAAAAUCAUCUCUAUCACCCCAAUCACGAUCACGACCACCACAAGAAGAACAAGAAGGACCUUCAUUAUCAUCAUUAGACGACAGAGACUCGCAUUAUCCAAACCUUGAUACUUUGCAUAAAAAUGAAAUACAAACGGACGAAUAUGACAAUUCAUCAUUAUUACUACCACCACUAAAAAACCCUAUUUCAAACGAAAACGAUUAUUCUUUAACAUCCGUGAGAAAACAGCAGCAUGGAUUUCUUAUUAAGGAUCCUUACUGUGAAGAACCGCAGCCAUUUACACAAAUUCUUAAACAUCGUCAAUCACCAACAAUCUUAUUCAAUGAUGGCCACUAUUCGGAUACUGCUUCAAUAGGAUCUGAAGAAUAUUAUAAAUCAAUGAUUGAUGAGAUUUGUUUAAGUCCCUUAAUCACAACACCCCCACUACUACCAAAACAAAAGACAUAUUCCCAAACAUUUAAUGACUUUUCAGACGAUGAACUUUUUUCACCACUUCGACAUAACAAUAACGAUUCUGACACAGACACCGACACCGGAAACAGCAACAGUAACAACAAAGGCAGCAAAAACAAUAGGAUGUCUCAAAAAUUAAAUUAUAAUAAAUAUGAUAAUAAUGACUCCUCAGAUGUUGAGACUAUUGACCUGACUAUUAAACAAGAGGUACUCAGUACUCAAGGAACGUCCUUGGAAAUUGAGGAUGUCUCUGAAUGGCUAAAUAUGGGAUCUGUCAAACCUGAUUCACCUCGGUUUGAUUUUAUGGAUAAUAAGUCAGGCAGUUACUCAGAUAUCAGGUCGUGGACAGAAGAACAAGAAGGACAAAAAGAUGGCCAAUCGCUCAGAAAAGCGGGUGAUACUAGUUCGUUUGAAGUACAAGACAACGAUUAUUACUUUGAGGAAGAAUAUAAUAACAGUUAUGAUAUUGAAGGAGAGGAACAGGAACAGGAACAGGAACAUGAAUAUGAAUACGAAGAGGAAUAUUUUAGACCGGCAGGUAGUGUUUCAGAAACACAGUGCCCUAUGUGUUAUGCAUUCUUUCCUGGAGAAGUGAUCCAGGAGCAUGCAGCUGAAUGCAUCGGCAGUUCAGACCUUGUGAGAUCUCCUCGUACUAACAAGGAGCAAUGUCCCAUAUGUGGCGGUCUAGUCGAUAAAGACCUACUGCAAGGCCACGUGGAAGGUGAACUGGCGGCCCAACAAAUGUCUGUGCAGACGCACAGCAAUAUCAGCAGCAAUCGAAGAUCUUUUGUCAAUAAUGAAAUUGUCGAGUUUCAGGAUCCUUUGUCUCUUACCGAUCAUUAUGACGAUCGGGGGUCAUUGUCUCCACUGCUUGGAUUCACAAGUCUGUUAAAAUAUCGCUUAACAAAACCCGACUGCGCAAAGUACUUUGAUCAGUUUGAAUCAGCCAAAUCCAGAAAAGGAAAAAAUGCAGUCAUGUCAACUUUGUUUGAUCCGAGUCAAGGAUACAAUGAAACCUCACAAAGUGUGGCCAACAUCAAUAACAACAAUUUCGGUGCAGGUUAUGGAAGAGAUAGUAAUCCUAGUGUAGGUAGAAUGAAUCCAAUGGACCCUAUGGCAAGGUUUGUCCAACCUGCGAUGACUGCCAACCGAAACCGUCAAGGGUCUCUUUCGCCACUCUUGGGAUUUACGAGUCUAUUGGAUCAUCGGCUCACUCAUCCCGAAUGUGCUAAAUACUUUAAUCAAUUUGAUGCUCGACCAUCUCGCACACGUACCAGUACUAGUACCAGUAACAGUUCUAGCACUAAUCCGGCCAGAGGAAAACCAGCCCCAAGAGGACGGCCAAAGAGACAGGCUCGCCAACGGCGUGGUUCAAAACGAAGGGAAUAAUAUAUACAUGAAAGAACUUUUUUUUGAAAAGAAGAAGAAGGAGAGGGAAAUGUCGAGUGUGUAUGCUUUAAAAAAAAGCUUCGAUUAGUGGGAGCGGUAGAUUUGUGUAUCUGUGUGUGUAAAAUAAAGAGGGCGUACAAAC